CCGAGGGUCAGCUUUUAAGCAACGGGUUGUUUCCUUUCGGUUUCAGGUCUGGGUGGUUUCGGAUGCUACAAGAGCAUCAGUCGGUCUUUGGAAAAACUGUACCAGCGGUGGCUGCGACGACGUCCUGUCAUAUGCCAGUGAAGACGCCCUCAAGGCCGUGCAGGCCUUCAUGAUCCUCUCCAUCAUCUUCUCCGUCAUCUCCCUCGUGGUCUUCGUGUUCCAGCUGUUCACCAUGGAGAAAGGAAACCGCUUCUUCCUCUCCGGGGCCACCAUGCUGGUGUGCUGUGAGUACCGUCG